GCCUAAAUCAGGCGCCUUGGGCCACUCAACCAAACCGUCGAUGGUAUGGUAUUAGAUGGUUUUCUUUUCAAUGAUUAUAAAAUCAUAAAACCCCAGCCCUGUGACGUCUCAUCUACCUGAAGUCUUAGAAAACCCUCUGGUCCUGCACUGUCUGCCGUUUUAUCUCCAUAAAGUAUUAGAAAACGCUCCACCCCUGCACCGUCUCCAGCCCUGUGCUGUUCUAAUCUCCAUAAAUUCUUAGAAAGCCUUCCAGCCCUGCACCGUCUCCAGCCUUUUGCCGUCUCAUCUCGAUAAAGUCUUAGAAAACCCUCCACCUCUGCACCUUCUCAUCUCAUACAGUCUUGAAAAACCCUCCAGCCCUGCACCGUCUCAUCUCCAUAUAUUCGUGGAAUAUUCAAGCAAGCUUCGUCUGUUUCAAUAAGUUUCUUAUCUUAUUCUUGAAUUUGACUUCCAUUUUCUCUAUAUUUCUAGGUUCUCAUGAAUUAGUUUUCAUUUAGCUUUAGUUUAUUGCGUUCCUUUAUCUCUACUGCACACAAGUGGGAGGGUAAUGGAGACUAGAAACCCCUCUGCAACUACGCAGGCGGGAAAGGGGACAACUGAUAAUGAUUCCAAACAUAAUCUCAACAAUGUUAUAAACUCCAUUGACAAGACCCUUGGUCUUCUUCACCAGCUUCACCUGACGGUCUCUUCUUUUAGUGUGUCCUCUCAAUUGCCGCUUCUUGAACGAUUAAAUGCUGUUGUAACCGAGCUUGAUACAAUGCAGAGAUUAGCAGACAGUUGCAACAUUCAGAUUCCCAUGGAGGUUGUAAACCUCAUUGAUGAUGGGAAGAAUCCAGAUGAGUUCACAAGGGAUGUUUUCAAUAAUUGUAUUGCAAAGAAUCAGAUAACCAAAGGCAAAACUGAGGUUUUCAAGAGUCUUCGCAAGCACCUUCUUGAGGAACUGGAGCAGGCAUUUCCUGAUGAAGUGGAUACAUACAGAGAGAUACGAGCAACUUCUGCAGCUGAACUGAAAAGGCAAACCCAAGCGCAGAGCAUUCUACCAAAUGGAGAUAUGAAGGUGAAAACAGAGCAUUAAAGCAUACAUGCCUGACUCACUCUCACACACUCUCUCUCUCCCCCCACCCCACAAGCUCGAGUCUUCGCAGUUGCUGUGGCCCCUUAUACCGGUGCCUGCUCCAUCAGAGACAAUGAGAUGAGAUGUAAAUGUUAUUAAGUUAAGCCUUAUUAUUUGUAUUAUGAAUUGCAUUAGUUUUGUAUUGUGAAUUCAAUUUCCCCCCCCCCCCCUGUUUUGUAAGAAAUCCUUUGGCGGGAGCCUGGUGUUGCAACUUCCGGGUUUCUUUUGAUAGUGCAGAUUGCCAUAGCUACACAAAUGUGCGCAUGUGCUCGUGGCACACAGUUUCAAAGCACACCAGUGUGAUCAGAAUGGAAAAAUCACUUUUUAGUUUUCGUAUUCAGAAGGGGUUUGAGAUGUUCCUAAAUUUCUGUUACUAUGCUACAUGAGGCUCCUGUGUUAUGUAUUCUCAGUGUGGACCGUCCAUGGACAAAGUUCCCAUCAUUGGGAGCUCCCUGUGUUAGGUUUUCUCAGUUUGGACCGUUUAUGGCCAUAGCUCCCACCACUGGGAGCUAGUAAAUGGCUGGUCACAAAACCAGCCAGAAUCUGAGGGGCUUGUCUUGAUGGUUGGGGAAAAGGAGCCCAUAAGAACCUCUUCGGCUUCGUAAAGCAUUUCUGGUUCAUCAUAAACAAGUUUGCUGCCAUUCACUUCUCGGCUGUAUUCACCGUCUGAAUAAGCUGUUGCAUCUUUAACGGUGUCAUCUCCUUCUGCUGAUCCUGAGGCCUCUGAUUUCUCCAAUACGGCUCCCAGUUUUUGUAACUGCAAUGAAUCGAAAGGGAAUCAAUUGGAAAAAAUUUGGGAGCAAGUUUUUUGUGAUUAUCAUGCCAACGUUUUAAGUACACAGAUGGGCCAUCCAUUGUUGGUCCCUAUCUUUCAUCAA